UUAGCAGUAAUAUAUAAACAAAUGUUUCUCAAGUGUUAUUUGAACGCGGCUCAAAUUUAAAGGGAAGUAAUCCAUGUUGCUUUGACAUUGAAAACUUGGAAAAGCAGCAACAUGAGCCACUUUCCCAAAUACAUGAGAACUGGUUACUAUAGAAAGGGAACAUCAAUAUUACAAGAAUUUAAAAAGAGCUUCACAUAUAACUGGGAAUGGCAGAUGGCUUUUACAGUCUUUGGACUAACUUUUCUUAGUAUACCUUUCAUUAAUCGUAGAUUUGAAAGUAGGAAAGCCCUUAUGUACCAGUACAAAACUGAAUAUACAGUGAUUAGAGAUACAGAUUUAGAUCCUAUAAUGUUAGCAGGAUAUAAUGCAGAUGAGGUAGAGGCAGCUAAGAAGAGGACAGGACUUUAUAACGACAAAUAAAUGAUUAAAAUGUAUAUAUAUACUUUGUGGGUUAAAAGAUAACUAUAUAAAUUGAGUUCGUUUCCAAUCCCUGUACAAUUAGAAAUAAAUGUUAUCUUGUGUCAAGAAA